UCCCCUCCCGGCGGCGGCGCGGAGCGGAGCGGAGCGGGCGGCGGUGCGGGCUGCGGUACCACCAGCAGCGGCGGCUCUGCGGGGCCGCGCCGGUCUCGGCCACCCCCCGGACUCCCCUCCGGCUCUGCCCGUCCCUCCGCCUCCCUCCCCCCCGCCCCGAUUUUUUUUUUUUUUAUUAUUUUUUCGCCCCCCCCUCAUUUCUCCCAGCAACGCCGCCCCCCGCCGCCCCCCUCCCCGCAGCAAGAUGGUGCAGAAGAAAUCAGAGAUCCCGGGUUUCCACCGCUCCUUCAAGGGACAAAACCCCUUCGACCUGGAGUUCGACCAGUCCAACCACCUGGAGCCGGUCUUCAACUUCGAGUGCCCGCCCCGUCCCGACAUGCCUUCAAGUCAACCCAUCGAUAUCCCCGACGCCAAGAAAAGGAACAAGAAGAAGAAGCGCUGCAGAGCCACCGACAGCUUCUCUGGCAGGUUUGAAGAUGUUUACCAGCUGCAGGAGGAGGUGCUGGGAGAAGGGGCGCACGCCAGAGUCCAGUCCUGCGUUAACCUCAUCACCAACAAGGAGUACGCGGUGAAGAUCAUCGAGAAGCGCCUGGGACACAUCCGCAGCAGGGUCUUCCGGGAGGUGGAGAUGCUCUAUCAGUGCCAGGGACACAGGAACGUCCUGGAGCUGAUCGAGUUCUUCGAGGAGGAGGAGAGGUUUUACCUGGUGUUCGAGAAGAUGAGAGGAGGCUCCAUCCUGACCCACAUCCACCGGAGACGCCACUUCAACGAGCUGGAGGCCAGCGUGGUGGUGCAGGAUAUCGCCAGCGCCCUGCACUUUUUGCACAACAAAGGAAUCGCGCACAGGGAUCUGAAACCAGAAAAUAUCCUGUGCGAGAGCCCGGACCAGGUCUCCCCGGUGAAGAUCUGCGACUUUGACCUGGGAAGCGGCAUCAAACUCAACGGCGAUUGCUCCCCCAUUUCCACCCCAGAGCUGCUCACCCCAUGCGGCUCUGCCGAGUACAUGGCCCCGGAGGUGGUGGAAGCCUUCAACGAGGAGGCGACCAUCUACGACAAGCGCUGCGACCUGUGGAGCCUGGGCGUCAUCCUGUACAUCAUGCUGAGCGGGUACCCCCCCUUCGUGGGCCACUGCGGCUCCGACUGCGGCUGGGACCGGGGCGAGGCGUGCCACACCUGCCAGAACAUGCUCUUCGAGAGCAUCCAGGAGGGGAAGUACGAGUUCCCCGAUAAGGACUGGGCGCACAUCUCCUUCGGAGCCAAAGACCUCAUUUCCAAGCUGCUGGUGAGAGAUGCCAAGAAGCGGCUCAGCGCGGCCCAGGUCCUGGAGCACCCCUGGGUGCAGGGGUGCGCCCCGGAUAACACCCUGCCGACCCCCAUCAUCCUGCAGAGGAACAGCAGUGCCAAAGAGCUCACCUCCUUCGCCGCCGAGGCCAUUGCCGUCAACCGCCAGCUGACGCGGCGCGACGAGGACGAGGAGGAGGAGGCGGAGGAGGAAGCACGACCCAUCAUCAUCAAAGCUACCUCACGGGCCAUGCAGCUCUCCCCCCCCUCUGAGUCCAAGCUGGCCAAGCGGCGGCAGAAGAGCAGCCUGGCCAAGGCGGUGGCCGCCGGGCAGCACCUGGUGGCCCCGCUGGUCCUGGUGGCCGACCAAGCCUGAGCUGUGCCCCUUGGACCUGCUGUACCCCGUGUCCCCCUCCUCUUUCUUUCUUUCUUUUUCUUCCCCCCCCAAACCCCCCCGUUCCUGGCUAGUGACAAGAUCAGGACUCGUCCCUGUGGCUGGUUUCCAAGGUUUUGCUGAUCUUGUAGGUCUGGGGGUGGGAGGGUUUAAGAUUUUUUUUUUUUUUAAGGUAUUAAAUCAAGCGUGAGGUUGCUUCACCCAGGGCACACUCAAGGACAUCUGACAGACACACGGACUUUUGUUUCCCGACUCUUGGUUUCUCCUCUGACAUUUCCCCCCCUCCCCAGCACCAAAGGACUCUUUGUAUCCGCGGCCGCUUUGACGAUUUCAGCUCAUUUCAUACUGUGAACAAAAGACCCUCGGUCGCGUUUUCAACAACGGGAGUCGCGUUUUAACCUCAUCCCUCCCCUCGGAGCUGCGGAGCUUUCUCCGAUGUUGGGGUAGAUCCCGCAAAACCCCCCUCCUGGGGGGGGCAAGAGGCACCUCCCAGGGUUGGGGAGCCCCUCCGUCCUGUGCUCGGGGGUGUCCCUGGCUGUGCUUCGGGGGGACGUGGUGGGCGUUGUGCAGGGAACUGCUCGGGCCGGGGAGAGACGGUGCCAGCGCGGGAGCAGCACCCUGUCCCACCGAGCCACCCUCUCUCCUCGGCAGCCCGCUUCCAGAAUAAGCUAUUUUUCCCCCCCCUUUUUUCUUUUUUUUUCUUUUUUUUUUUUCUUUUCUUUCUUUUUUUUUUUUUUUAAUUAUUGUUGGUUUUAAACUGCUAGCUGUGCUUCUCUACAGGGCACGGAGAAAUGUCUUCCUUUCCUCCUGCGCUCCGGCUGGCAGCUCCCCGGGGGUAAGGUCAGAGCCGGGGGGGGGGUGCACAGGCAUCUGGGGCUGUGCUCUUGCGCCGGGUUGGGUGUUGCACCCCUGUUUUCGUAGGGGGGGGCUCGCCAGUGGCCGUGCCCUCAUGGGGGUGCAAGGAGGGAUGAGGUCUCCAGGGCAGCCGGAGCAGCCAAAAAAGAAAUACCCCGCUAUUCCCAGAGGGGUGCUUUAUGGAAAGUGAAGGACACCCCCCCACCCACCCCCCUUAAGGAGCGUCGGGACCCGCCGCAGGGCGGUGUGACCUGGUGUGGCUUUGGGCUGGCCCCGAGGCUGCCGUGGCAGGAGGGGCUGGGGGCGCGGAGGGGGCCGGCGCCCUGGGAUGUCGGCGGGCAAGCGGCCGGGCUGGCGGCAGCACCCGUGGGACACGGCGUGGGGGAGCAGCCUGGGGAGGGUUCGGAAUGUGAGGCCGAAGGUUUGGGGUCAGGGCAGCAGCGCCUGGGCAGCACAUGGUCUGACGGGAGAGCUGGGGGCGCGUGUCCACGCGUGUUCACGCGUGUGCGUGUGCGUCUGCGUUCACGUAUGUUCGCCCGUGUGCCUGCACGGCGUUGUCCUUUCCUCAGAGCUUGCUUUGGGGAAGGGAGGGAGGGAAUGCACGCGGGGGGAGGACUCGAGGUGUUGAAUCGGGACGAGGCUCUCGGCUGGUUUCUGCUGCGCGGGGCUGGAGCUCUCUGGGCAAGUGGCUCCUGUGCUCGGAGCCGGGCUGGCCUCCAGCUCCUCGAAACGCCCCCCUGCACCAAGCCAGAGCAGCAAACCUCUGCUCCCUGCUGCGGGUCGUGCCGCCGCGCUGCGCCCGCUGCCAUGCCCGUGUCCCGCCGGGAGGGAGGGUGUCCCCUUCGUUAGCAAUCUCCUGUCCCAGGUUAAUGCUUUGAGGUUUAUAUUGUGACAAAGCAGCCUCGGCCCAUUGUGUGCACGGGUGAAGGCUUUGGGAGCUUGCUUUGAGCUGGGGAAGAGGCUUCCCCGGGUCUCCAGCUCAAGACAGUCACUGUCUCCAGAAAAAAAAAAAAAAAUUCUUUUUAUUUUAAGACUGCUGACAGCAAUACUAUGCAAUAUAUGUUGUUUUAUGUUUCAGGGAGGUGUGUGUGAGUUAUCUUGGGAGAUGAUGAUCUCUGGUGUUGAUGGAGUUUGGGGCAGGGUCCAUUUUUUCUCGCCCUUCCCGGCUCCGCUGCCGAGUGGCGUUGGUGGGUCAGGGAGGGCAGCCCCCCCAGACCCCCUGCCCCAAAGCCGCCUCACGCUUGGGAUCUGCCCUCUCCCCUGGGUGCCCCUGGUCCCACCGAGCAGGGUGGGGAGGAGUGGGGUGGUGGUGAGUGAGGGGAGACCCCCCCCCCGCGCCCCAGGCACCGGGACACCCCGGAGAGGCCUCCUUUAAAGGAAAAAAAGAAAAAUCCAUCUUGAUUGUACAUUGUUACUUUUUAUAGCUUAUUUUGUUUUAUCAGUUGUAGAUAAUUCCUUGUUGUCUUAUAUUAAGAAAUACUUGAAUGAUGUACAGUACGCGAUGCCUUGAGCUGGUAUUGUGAAAGCUAUUGUUAACGCUGCACGCUGCAGCCUUUUUUAAAAAAAAAAAAAAAUUGUGGGAAGGGGAUGGCAGGGGGAUGUCUCUGAAUUUUUUUUUUUUUGUCCCCUGUGCUUUUGUUGGCAAACAGAGUUUCCUUCCUCUUCCCACGCGUAAGAUCUAUCUCUUUUAUAUAUAUGUAUACACACACACUUCUGAUGGCUGGCGCGUGGCCUGGGCGACCCGUGCUGCGUGGAGCCCGUCCCCACCGGCGCUUUGCCGACGCGUGGGCAUCCUCGGCCGGGGAUGCCCGCAGAUGCUGCGGGUGUCUGCAUCGAGGGGACGGACGUGCCGGGGAGCAUCCGAGCUCUUUGCUGGGUUGUUCAGCCCAGGCUUGGUUUUGCGUUUCAGCGCGGGAGUUCAGUUUGACCGUGGACCCGGCGCUCCUGGCGCGGCACUCGGGGCGGGGGGGGACACGGACACCGGUGCCGCCAGGAUGGCGAGCGCCCAGCAGAUCGUGUGCGGCGUGCGUGGCAGGGUCUGUGUGUUUAGAGAGGAUCCUGAAGGCCUCUAGAGCUGGGGCCGUCGACUCUGAAACACCUCCAGCCCUGACUCGCGGCGGCGCUGGGCACCCACGGGUGCCUCGGCAGCACAGGGCUCCGUAUUGCACCAGGCCGGCUGGGGAGAUGCUCGUGCCGGGGCCGGACGUCCCGUCCCCGCUGCCAGUGCCUCUCCCGGGGUGGUUUCCAGGCAGAUGCUCCCCGACCCGUGGUCCAGCACCAGCUAACCCCCCUGGCCAACGCCCUUCUUCCUCCUCGAAAGCCUUUCCCCCCCAUUUCCAACGUCUUGGAAAACAACUUCAAAAAGAUAAUUUUUUUUUUUUUAAGCUGGAAACUUUAAGCAUUUUGGCUUCCUCUCUUCCCCCCCCCCCCCCCCGCCCUUCCUUCAGCUGACUAACUCGACUUAGAAGUGGUUAGAAACGUUUACUGUGAAGCUAACUUUUUUUUAUCAAAACAGGAGAAACUUUCUCCACUUUACAAUUGAUGAAGACUGCCAAAGCUGGUUCAACAAGAGUCAUGUUAACGCACUGUUGGUUUGUAAAUGGCAGCCUCUGCUCGGGGGACGGCUGGAAAAUAAAAAUGAAAACGAAAGAAAAAAAAAAACAACAAAAAGGAAAAAAAAAACCACAAAAACAAGCACUUUACUGUAUGUACCAGGUGAACUGAUACAGCUGAAUUGAAGUUUUCCUUUAUAACAAUUGUUGAUGCCAGAAUUUUGUAUUCUGUUUUGUAAGAAUUUAAUAAAAAUGCAUUGAGA